GGUUCCGGUGGUGGGCGGGGAAUGGUGCGGUGUUGAGAAACAGCUGCGGAAGCGUCGGAGAUUGCAAAUAGAGGGGAGCUCAUUUGGCGCGUUGGUACCUCUGGGAUGCCGAAGUAGAGCCUGAUCCGCUCAAAAUGCCGACCUUCGACCCCCAGUAUGGCUUUCCGGAACGCAAGGAACGGGUGAUGAUAGCGACACAGCAGCAGAUGAACGAUGCCCGGCUUCCUCUUGAGGAGCGGGAUUAUUGUGCCCAUCAUCUCAUCAAGUUGAUGAAAUGCAAGCGUGACCAUUUCCCCAAUAUCUUUGCAUGCAAACAUGAGCGCCAUGACUGGAAUUAUUGCGAGCACAUAGACUAUGUCAUGCGCAUGAAAGAGUUUGAACGGGAGAGACGCCUUCUGGUUAGAAAGAAGCGCAUUGAACAAAAGGAAGAGGCGGCAGCAGCAUCUUAACUGACUUGAGAGUCCUUCUGCAGAGUCCUUCUACAAGCCUGCAUAAUUCUCUAGGUUUGUUA